AUGGUCAUCGUUAACUUGCAGCUUUGUUUCAGUUUUGCAAGUAAACUGCACGACUUCUUGUUGUCGUCAAGAGCUACAUCAAUGCGCUGGUUUGCAGAUUCGGAUGAAUUACUUGCCAUGUUUCUGCCGGCCAAAAGAGCACCAGCACACUACCCGAAAUGGAGCAGUGGUGCCAUUGUAUUUAUGACACACCUACUGCUAUCGUUUUGGAAAGUGAUUGCACCAAUGGUGGCAAGCAGGUGCAAGCAUUGA